AUAUCGCGUGUGUCGAGCGUUCCACUCAAUUAAACUUAUCCUGUUUACGAGUUUACUUCCUGCUUAAGUAAAUAACACUUUACAAUUAAGAAUGUUUUAAGUUAAACUUGCAUGACGUAAAAUCGCUUGCUUAAUACAUGUUGAGAAUUCACAAAUACGAAAGGAAAACAUCUGGAGUGUGGUUGUGUAAUGUAAAUAAGCAUCUUUGAAAUGGAAGUUAUCGAGGAACAGGAGGAGCUUGUAGGUCACACCGUGCAGAAAAGAAAUUGGAAGGGCAUAGUGAUUGCCCUGGUUGUUAUCAUCAUCGUGUGUGCCCUGAUCAUCACCACCGUCAUCCUCCUAACUCCAAGAAAAAGCGAUGAACCGCCGAAACCAAAGUUUACAUUCGAAGACUUCAUAAAGAAAAAAUUUGCACCAAAAAGCUUUUCUUUCAAAUGGGUAACAGACUCCGACGCCAUUUACUACAGAAAUGAUGACGGCGCCGUAAUACGUUACAACUGCUCAACAAACACUUCUGCAGCAAUCAUGGGCAACUCGACGUUUAAAGAACUGGAUACCUCCACGUAUAUGAUAUCUCCGGAUGAAAACUAUGCGCUGCUGGCCUAUAAUGUUCAAGCGAUUUACAGACACUCAACGCGGGCAAAAUAUAAAGUCGUUAACCUUCAUGAUAGAAAUGAGAGCUCACUUCAGGGACCAAACGGCACAGAGUUCCAGUACGUGUCUUGGUCACCCACAUAUGACGGUUUGGUAUUCGUACAGAACAACGACGUCUACUACCGUCGGAGCAUGAACCUGCAGGACGUGGACGCGUUCCGGGUCACUGACACAGGGGUCAUGGACCAGAUUUUCAACGGUGUUCCGGACUGGGUAUAUGAAGAGGAGAUCCUCUCUGAAGACCACGCCCUCUGGUGGUCGCCCACUGGUAGCUACUUCCUGUUUGCCUCGUUCAACGACACGCUGGUCAGGAACUACCACCUCACCUACUACGGGUCCAUGACAGACCAAUAUGUGACGGACAAGAAACUCCUUUAUCCUAAGGCGGGUACAACCAACCCUGUGUUCUCUCUGCAUGUAUUCCACACGCAUUCGAACAAAACGAUCAACAUAGAACCGCCAGAGGACUUAAAAAAUAUCGACCACUACUUCACGACGGUCACGUGGGCGGAUAGUGAGCGCGUGCUGAUCACGUGGAUGAACAGAUUCCAGAACAUGACGCUCUAUACGAUCUGUCAUGCGCAGAACGGCUCCUGCUAUGAGAACUACCGAUAUCUAGCCCCUUCCGGAUGGUGCGAAACCCCGUCUGCGAUCGUAUUCAAAGAAGACGGCAGCGGGUACUUCACGGUGCUGCCAUUGCGGGAGGGCGAGGCUGGUUAUUUCCGGCACGUGGCCCUGGUUCAUGCCGGAAACAGUGUAAAUAUAAAAAGCGAUAACCUGGGAAAGAGGACGUUUAUAACUUCCGGUCAAUAUGACGUCAUCGAAAUAGAGAAAUAUGACCCCAAAACUGCCUUAAUAUAUUAUCUCGCAUAUAGGGCUGGCGAUCCUACAUCGAAGCACGUCUACAAGACUUCCACUCGUGAAGGAGACGUGAAUUUCUUGAAGCCCACGUGUGUCUCGUGCACGGACCCGGACACGUGCGACUGGGUCUCCGCGAGCUUCUCAACCAAGCCGGAUGGCGAGUUUUAUAUGCUCACGUGCCUCGGACCUAGCGUUCCUACGUACACCAUGCGAUCGACGGCGACGCAAUCCGUUAUAUCAUUCGAGGACAACAAGAUGGCGGCUGAUAAGUUGUCCACGUUGGCUCUCCCAAGAACCAAGUUCCUGCGCAUUCCCCUCGAUGAUUUCAACUGUAUGCCACACAUAAAUUAUUAUAUAAUAUAUUAUAUAAUCAAAGGAAUUUUAUCUCUGAAAACGACUUCGCGUAAGGCGCUUGUUUUCCUCAGUCGCGGCGAAGAUACUAGUAGUCGAUGUCUCAUGAUUGAAAUUUCAAAACAUUUUCUGCUCAUUGCAGCAAUGUGGGCGAAGCUGCUAUUGCCAGAACAUCUCAAAGAAGACGAGGUGAUACAAUACAACAUGCUCACUAGUGUAUAUGGGGGCCCCGACUCUCAGAAAGUAUCCAAAGCCUUCUCCCUAGGUUGGGAAGAUUACCUGGCCAGCUCACACAACAUUGUGAUUGGCUACGCCGACCCACGUGGCUCGAGUGGGCGGGGCGACGCCUGGAGACAUGCUAACUACCGCCAUCUUGGAACCACCGAAGUGGACGAUUCUAUAGUUGCGGGAAGGUAUUUCAAUAGCCUGAAGUACAUCGGGGAUAGGACGGCAAUUUGGGGAUGGUCUUACGGGGGUUAUCUGACCGCCUCUGUGCUAGGUCGCGGCUCGGAGGUGUUCGAAUGCGGCAUGUCGGUCGCCCCGGUAACGGCAUGGACGUACUAUGAUACUGUAUAUACAGAGCGGUAUAUGGGCCUUCCAGAUGAAAACUCUGAAGCUUAUAAUUAUGCAAAUGUUUCUCGGUAUGCCGAAAACUUUAAGAAGAGCACAUUUAUGCUCAUCCAUGGAACGGGUGAUGACAAUGUACAUUUCCAGAACUCUGCGCAUCUAGCACGAGCGUUGACAGAGGUAAAUGUGUACUUCCGUUCGCAGUUUUACACCGAUCAACAACAUUCCAUUAAUGGCGGAAACUCGCGCACACAUCUCUACAACACUCUAGAGGACUUCCUUCUCAAUUGCUUCGAUGGUCGUUCUUCACGAAUGGAUGAAUUGAACAAUCCAACAGUCGCGAAACCAACAGAAAAGGAUGUCGACAACGACGAAUAAGUUUCCUGCACUAAGUGUGAUCGCUGACUAUUUGGUGCAUUUCGUCCAUGUCCGUGAAAAAUCAAGAGGCAAUGACAUAGUUUGGGGUAUAUAUGUUAUUUUAUAUGAUAGAAACAAAUUCGCAUAUUAUGCAGUUUUGAUAAAUACCUAUUUGCUUCGAUAUUUAAAAUUCUUUAUUGGAUAAAAUUACAAGGGGCAUGUAUAAAACGCCAAGUUAACAAAUUGGUAAAUGAUGAAUACUUUUACAAUUAUUAUAUAUGAGCACAUAGUAUUGUUAAAGAUUUCGCCUUACAAACUUAAU